GACAAUGAACGCUACACCCGCACGACCCCAACUUGCUUUUCCCUACCCGCCUACCUACAUCGUCUCGUUGACAUACACCCCGCACUCUCAUCGGACGUCUGCCGCUGAGAAAAGGGUUGGGGGGGGUGAGGGACGGGGAAUGUACACUCCCAACCCCCUCCCCGUGUCGGAUGGCUGGCGGGGUAGGGGCCAUGCCCACGAGAUUCGCGGGUGACAAGGAUGGCUUGGUGGAGAAUGUAGUGAUGAUAGGUUAUUUAUCCAAAGGUCCCCAAUUCGUGAGUCAGUACAGGAACUCUUUGCAGCAACUUUUCCUAUCUAGGGUAAGCACGAAACGCUACAGGUGCGGCACGACUGUCGCAGGGGGCUCUCCCAGCUGAUGACAGAGUUGGGGGUAGGGGGCGGAGGUCAGCCGUACGACACGCGCGAAACACACACACGCGACCAGCGAGAACAGUGCUCAUACUUCAUCGACGUCGGCGCAGGGUCGGGCUGCUUUUCAACUUCAUUGCCAGGCCCUUGUGGACGGGGCUGGGACAGCGUGUGAAUUUGCAGUCAGCAGUUUUUCCCGCGCGUCACUGGCGUCAGUGUGGCUUCGGAAGUCAUAGUAACAUCUCUGGGAGCUCAGCGCCAGGAAGAAAAAGUCCGGCAGGAUCGAGUCGGCCGCUGGAAGAAGAAUGGACAGUGAUGACAACAUCCUCUGUGCUUUUCCCGUUUCUGUCGACCUCAAGCCGGCUAUAUAUAAACACACGCGCGAACUACGUUUCAGGUCGGAGUAGAGAAGUUCUCGAUAGCUGCAGGCAGGCCAGCGACAGGACUAGAGCACGUAGUAGGACUGUUGGCAAAUACCGUCCCGUGAACUGACCGACCGCCACCGGACACAGGUACCCGUAAUCCCAUCGACCUCUUUGUGAGGGGAGAGAGCUUCAGGCACGCCUGGGGGGUACCCGUACCGCUGGCGUGGAGGGGAAUGGGUACGACACAUUCUCGGAAAAGCGCUGGCCGCUUCGACUACGACAGUUCACGCGCAAAACAGCGAGGGUACACCAUCAACGACGGUACCGACUACAGCACGAAGAAUCACAAGAAAACGGUGAAAGGUAAACCAAGCCCCCCGUCGCAACCUCAGGUGCAAGAAGUGAACCACAACUCCGUCACUCUCACCUGGAACUCUCCAAGACACAACGGCCUCGGCAGCAGCAUUCUUGCAUACACGGUAGAACAAUCCUCCCCUACACACACUCAGUGGACUGUGGUCACUAGCUGUUGCCAAGGCAAUAGCUAUCAGGUGAAGAACCUUAAACCCCGAACGGAAUAUGUCUUUCGAGUUCGCGCGGAGAACAUCCACGGCCGCGGGAAGCCCAGUAGACCCUCCGACGUAGUGCAGACGAAGGCGCAGGGGCCAGAGGUCGCGGAGAUUGCUGAGAGAUACAUCGAGGCACCGCCAAACGAGGCCCAACAGGGCGUGCAGAGAAGGCGGCACAGCUUCAGCCUGCAUCUGGAAGGGGCCGUCACGUCCAUCUUGACCCGCACGGACCCCGAGGCCAAGAACCGCAUGUGUGAGGCAGAGAAAGAGGGUGUCUGCAAGGAGCUAGGCCAGCUUCAGAGAGAGGCUUUCUUCCGGAACUCGUUGCAACCCAGCAGGAAGCGCUCGUUGCCCAUCAUCUUGCCAGGCAGGAAAACGAACUCAUUAAGGAAGCUGCGUGACUCUCAGACCUGCCCCAGCAUUAAGUCACUGGCUGGCUCCGAAGGCUGGAACACCCUGAAAAAGCAUGAAUCCGUUUUAAACAACAGCAUUGAAUCUGGUAUAGGGGUAGAGGUCAAGUUUGAAGGGAAUGAGGUCGAAGGCUUCGGGGACAAAUCCAGCGUGAACGAGGAGACAAAGCUGGACGCGAAAAACAAGAAGAACGAGAGAAAAGAGGAAUGCAGCCCCUGGCUGAAGGUGAACUCUCUUUCCGACGAAUCCGACUCCAUCCUGACUGCGCCAGUGAGUGAUGACGUAAAGCUAGCCGUGUACACCAGGUCACUACCCAGUGACAGCACGUGGAGCAGCGCAGACUCCAACAGCAGCUGCGACACCACCACCAGGGAACCGCCGGCUGACUUUCGAACUCUCCGGAGUCUGCUGCACUCGGCUGAAAUCAUAGUGAAACCCACGUGGUCUAUGCCGGAUGUGACGUCGUUAGUCGGCGCUCAGAAGACCGGAAGUGUACGAAGCAACAAACUGAGCACAAUCAUUGAUAUGGAUGAAAAAGAGGAGUCGGUUCGGAUCACGACAUUGUGAUGCAGACGACAGGAGUUGUUUGUAAGAUACCCCCGUCUCUCUACCUAUGUGCACGGAAUAUUUGAAAAACGGACAGCAGAGAAACUGGAAAAAUACUGUUGUUUAUGUUAAAUAAUUUUGAAAGAAAUCUACGCCCAUUCUUAAGAAGUUUGGCUGGAGACAUCAUGAAAUGUGUUCAAACUUGCUUUUAAUAUAUUUUCCCCUGAAAUUCAGGUGCUGAAUUCAAGUAGCGUUCAAAAUGUUACCAAACUGAAACAGCACAACUAGGUCUCGAUGUAAGCGACAAUCUUGUUCACUUGUUUAUUUAUUUGUGAUAUAGGAUAUAGUUUGUUCCAAUCCUUACUUAAACUUUGUCUCAGGAUUGUCGUCUCUGUUGUAUCCUGCAAUUUAUUUAACUCAACGGGUCAAGUUUUUUUAAACCAAACUACAGUUCUUCUGCCAAAAGGUAUAAGUGUGUUUCUUUCUGAAAGGGUGGUAAAGACUGAUCGUUCGAUGCACGUUAAUAUCCUGAUGAUGACUUUGAUAACUCGGCCUAAAGACUAUUGCAGGAAUAACUUGAAUUGCUGUCCCCCACUUGUGGUUCUAUCUCUAAAGCACUACAACUACUUUCCUCCUGCUUUUCUCUCAGGUAUUGACACCAAACAUGUUAAUUAAAUUUUUCAUGAUCGUA